UAUUUACGAUUUUCACCAACACCAUCAUAUUCGAAGCAAUAAACACACCACUUUGUUUCUGACACUCUUCUCAAAACAACACAAAACAGAAACGCAGAAUCUUCACAAAACAAAAAUUAGGGUUUCGCAUCGCGGUGAUGGCACUGUACGGCCGAGUUAGAUCAGGGAUCUCUAUCUGCAACAAAUUAGGGCUUAUUACUUCUCAGAGAUCCAUUCUUCAACGCUCCCUCAUCGCCCCUUCCAUUUCGCAGGCUUCCAGAAAUUAUGCUAACAUACCAGGGCAAAAGGAAACCAAAAUUAAGGUCCCCAUCGCUAUGUUUGGAGGUUCAGGAAACUAUGCCUCUGCUUUGUAUAUUGCAGCAGUGAAAGCUAAAGCAGUGGAAAAGGUUGAUUCUGAGCUUCUUCAAUUUGUUGAGGCGGUAAAGGGUAGUGCGAUAACCUCACAGUUUAUAAAGGACAUAUCUGUGGCCAAGGAUAUCAGAGUAAAGGCCAUCCAGGAGAUUUGCGACCAAGCUAAGUUUUCAGAUGUUACAAAGAACUUCCUUGUUAUCGUUGCUGAGAAUGGGAGGCUUAAAAACAUAGACACCAUUGCAAAGAGGUUUGCGGAAUUGACAAUGGCACAUAGGGGAGAAGUCAAAGCAACUGUGACCACUGUCUUUCCUCUUCCCCCUGAAGAGGAGAACGCAUUGAAGCAGACUGUUCAGGAAAUCUUAGGUUCUGGGGCAAAGGUUAAGCUUGAACAGAAGAUUGACCCAAGCAUACUUGGUGGUCUAGUGCUGGAAUUCAGCCAAAAGGUCUUUGAUAUGUCUAUCAGGAGUAGGGCACAACAGAUGGAAAGGAUCCUCCGAGAACCUGUUAAUAUUUCCAUCUAGAAGACAUCAAUUUUCUCCUGACAAUCUGUGUCGUCGUCAUUUAAUGAAAGAAAUGUUACAUUAUUGUUUAUUAUAAAUUGUUUGAAUGUGGAUUUGAAUGGGAUGGAAUAUGCCAUCAUUUUGCAAAUAAAAAGCUACAUUUUCCAACUUUUUGUUUUAGUUGUCGUUUCAUGUGUCUGAAUAUAUAUUUUUAUUUGGCUUGUUGAGAUCUCAAUUGGCUGCUGUUGUCAGUUAAUCUUAAGUUCAUGCUAAGGAUUGUGAAAUUUCAACACAGUUUGAGUUACCCAGAGUUUGACAUCAUGAUUCCUUGGAUGUGUUAAAUGUAUCAAAUUCCUUAUAUUUGUUGUAAUAACAUAAUGUUGAGCAUGCCUGAUACUACUAGAUGAUCAAUCAUUGAGAGCUUUAA